CGCACCGCCCCGCCAUGCCGCGCGGCUUCCUCGUCAAGCGCAGCCGGAGACCCGGCGGCUCCUACCGGGCGCGCCCGCGGGAGCGGGACCCUGACCGGGACCCUCCGCCCACGCCGCCGGCCCCGCCGCCCGCCGGCGAGAGCGGCCCCGCCGCUAGACAGGGAGCGGAGGAGGAGAAGGGCGAGGAGGAAGAGGGAGCCGUCGCCGCUUGCCCCGCGACGUGGCCCCCCGGCGGCGGCUGCGGCGGCCCCGGGCUCACCCCGCCGGAGGCUCCGGCCGUCUGGGGGGCUCCGGGGCCGUGCAGCGCGGCGGGGCCGCGGGCGGCUCUCUUCGAGCGGUGCCUCAGCUCCCCCGCCUCCGCCGAGUCCUUCCCCCUGGCCGCCUCCUUCCCGCCCGCCGAGAAGCUGCUGCUGCAGCCGCGCACGCCGCUGCCCGCCCCGCCGCUGCCGUCGGUGCCCGCGCUGAAGCGGCCGUCCCGGGCCAAGGCGCCGGCCAAGAAGGGCAAGGCCACGCGGAAGCUGAGCUUCGCCGACGAGGUGACCACCUCGCCCGUGCUGGGGCUGCGCAUCAAAGAGGAGGGGCCCGAGGGCCGGCCGGGGCCGCCGACGGGGCGCACGCCGCUGGGCGAGUUCAUCUGCCAGCUGUGCAAAGAGCAGUACGCGGACCCGCUGGCGCUGGCCCAGCACCGCUGCUCCCGCAUCGUGCGCGUCGAGUACCGCUGCCCCGAGUGCCACAAGAUCUUCAGCUGCCCCGCCAACCUGGCCUCGCACCGCCGCUGGCACAAGCCGCGUCCCGGCCCCAGCGCCGAAGGCGCCGCCUCCGCCCCGCCGGGCAAGGAGAACAGCCCCGAGCGGCGGCCCCGCGGCCCCGCCGCGCCCCAGCCGCCGCCGGGGACCCGUCAGCACCGCGGCGGCGCGGACAGCGCCCCGGCCGCCCCCGGCGCCAGCCCCGGCCCAGCUCACGGCGGCGCUCCCGGUGCAGGCGGCGGCCCCGGCGGGGAGGCGUUCGCCUGCCCCUGCUGCCAGAAGCGGUUCCGGCGGCAGGCUUACCUCCGCAAGCACCUGGGCACCCACGGGGCAGCGCGGCCCGCCGCCUUCGGCCCGCCGGAGCGCGGGCCCCUCACCUUCGCCUGCCACCUCUGCGGCGCUCGCUUCCCCUCGGCGGACAUCAGGGACAAGCACCGGCUGUGGCACGCCGUGCGGGAGGAGCUGCUGCUGCCGCCGCCGCCUCCCGCCGGGGUCCCCGAGAGCGGCGCGGCGGGCGGCGAGCGGCAGGGCUUCCCCUGCAAACACUGCCCCGCCACCUUCUUCAGCGCGCCCGGGCUGGCGCGGCACGCCAGCAAGUGCCACCCGCCGGAGAGCAGGCAGGUCCUGCUGCUCCAGGUGCCCGUCCGGCCGGGCUGCUAGGCCCGCGGCCGCCCCGGUGGGACUGCUCCGAGAGCCCGGGCUAGCCGAGCGAGCCCUGGCCACGCUGCAAUUCCUAUGGAAAGUCGCGGCUCUCACGGCUGCGACGUCGGAGGGGCCGCCCUGUGACUCCCGGCCGGAGCAGCGACGCGCACCCGGCCGGCACGGCGGCGUGUUGGGCCAGGGGCCGCGCUGCCGGCAGCGCUCACGGCGAGCCCCGCAGCUCCACAGCCACCGGGGCGGCCGGGGGACGGCGGCAACAGGCGAGAAGCCCCGCCGGCACCGGCCGGGAGGCGGGCAGUGCCGAGGCGUCGGGUGGCGGCCCACCCGCCGGUACCGCCAGUACCUUCCGUAACGACGGGGAGAAUUACGGUUGUAUAUAGGGUAUCUAAAGAGAGGAAUUAUUUUUCGUGAGAAAAGGAGCCUGAUCUAGUGACCUUGUUUUCGUAGCCUUAGCCCCCGAGCUUCAGCAUUCGUGGUGUACUCUAAGGUAGCUGAGAAGGUAAAUGUUCAUAUUAAGUCAGUGUCAAGUCACAUAAUAGCUAGCAAAACGUAUGGGAAAUUAAUCGUGCUGUCUGCUUAAUUGAAAUACAAGGUGUUGAUCUAUAGCUAAGUACGCAUCUCCUGCUUACUCUGUGUCUCUGUCCUCUAGCAACUGUGUGGUAGGCAAAACUCGCGUCUCCGGCAGCUGCCCGUUCCCAAAGCUGCUGCGCCCCGUUCGUGGCUCGCUAGCGCGGCGCGGGCAGCAGCCGGGAGGGCGGGCCGGUGCCGCCGGGCCGGGCCGGGUGGGCUCGGUGGGCAGCGUGCGGCCCCGCCGGCCCUUGCACCGCGGGCAGCGGAAAGCACCGCGUGUGCCGCUCGCCUUCCCAGCGGCCUCCGGCCUCUCUCCUGUGAGCUGCGCUUUUGAUGUGAGCUCCUCCGAGUCUUGUGAGCAGCUGAAAUUAGGACACGAAGCAAUCUUUAGACAUGUUGCUAAAGCACAGGUGAUAGGCUACCUUCCUUCUCCCCAACGACACCUACCUUUAGCAAAGCAACCCGCGGUGUGUGUUCCCCGGCUUUGACAGUGCUCUGGCCAAAUGCUUUGAAAUGCUGUUGAAUUUACCAGCUACUGACACUUCAGCCAGUAUUUAUUUGUUGGUUUAUUUAUUUAUUUAUUUUUUCCAUGAGUGCUUGUUUCUAAAUGUGGUAGUAGAUGAGUUUAAAAAUAAGGGCAAGAAAAUUCAAUAAAAGAUUUAAAAGAAAGCUCAUGCCUUUCUUGAAUUCAGCAGGGCAAAAUGGGUCAGCUGGUGACUUCUGAAGAACCAAACUGAUCCCAGUUGUAGUCUUUGUUCUAACACUCUCUGAUGUGAGCAUGCAAAAUAUUUCAAUCUCUCAAUUAGCAUCCUCUAAAGCAAUUAUUUCUGUAGUUUUAUAUUUUCCUACACACAACAAAGGAUGUACCAUGCCCAAAGGCUGCGAGCAAGCGAUAAGUGCUUUAUGUCAAAUGUGCUUCACGGACUUUGUCAUUUUAGUUCCAGAACCUGGACAAAUGAAUUAAUACAAUAUAACCUAAUGCAGCCAAGAUUUGCUUUCUGACAAAGGAGGCUAAACUUGCAAUUCACUAAUAUGCCAAAAAUAAAGCAUGUUAAUUUAAGUUGUGCAUUUUUCGGUCGUUUGUUGACAACAGAGACUUAGGUAAAAAUGCCUGUUUAUGGAAUUAAAUGAGUUUGCCCCUGGAAAGUCACUAGUUUUUUGUUUUUUUAAAUCAUGGUUCCACUUUCUCUCCUUGUGUAGUCAAAGAUGAAGGGCUGCAGACCCAAAUGUGAUGAUUAUUAACUGCUCCUACAAUUGGCACCUGAACAACCAGCCUGCCAGAGGGAACAGCCUAUGUUUUGUAUUACCUGCAGAGCUCCAUGCAAUCUAUUUUCUAGAUCUGGGGAAAAGUUUUCAGUUGGGCAUUCUUGAGAACUUGUGUGUGCUUUUUUAAUACAAAGGAAAACUAAGCUGUGUAUUGCAUUUAACUGCUUCAUGUGCAUGUAAUACACAAUUCUUCUAUAAAUUGGACUAAGAAUCUAAUCAGGGAAGUGAAUAACUAAUAUACAAAAGGUGGUAAGAAUAAUUUUAUUGGAUUAUUAAAUAACAUGUUUUCUCUUCAACCAUUACAAAUUUGUAGAUACUACAUGAAUGACAAUACAUAAUUUCUUUUUUUAUUGUUGCCCAUAUAUUUACACAUGCAGUUAGUACCGAUGCCAUGCUACAUUUUGUUAACAGCAUUUUGUUGUUUACUAGACUCGAAAUGUGAGCAUUUAAUUUUCUGUAGGAAAAUACCUCUGGGUGGGUGGAAUUCAUGUACUAAUCUGCGCUCACAAGGUUGAAAUUAUCAGCAUUUCAGGCCAGGCUCCCGGAGCAUGUUCCCUUUUCUUCCCUAGGACCCAUCAUCACAGCAAUGAAUUUCUAUCAGGAAAGUGUUUGUUUUUAUUCUUUUUUUAAUGUAAGAAAAAAGAAUAUACAUCUAGAUGAAACA